AGCCAAUCAGCGCUCUGCGUCCCUGCCGGCGUCCUGCGUGAUGGCAUGGAGACGGGAGGGCGUGCAAACGCCGAGCGGGGCCCGCCGUGGUGCUCUGUGGGCCUCGCAUUUCCUUCCAGCUUAGCCCUGGGAUCUUUCUAGAAAGGAUGCGCCGGCCUUAGGGUUGGGGGAAGGUGUGCCCGAGGAUUCUCACUUCCGGCCCCGCCCAUAGGACCGGAAGCUCCGAGCCACUCAGUAUCCGGUUCUCUUCCGGUCUUCUGCGUGUUGUCAUGGAGAUGGGAUUGGCAGUAUCCAAACACCGAGGGAUGCUCGGCGCUCAGACCUGGGAACUGCUCACGAGUCUCGUCUUUUUACAGCUGCCAAUCUCCUCUCAGACCAGCGAGAUCAUUCCAUAAGCAACGUGAGGUCCUCAGUGUAGCUGGAUGGGCACGUAAAGCCGCUCAUUUCCGGGUUUUGCGUAGUUAGCGAUCAGCCAAUCAAGGCCCCGCACUUUUUCCCGCGUCUCGGGGGUUGCCAUGGUGACGCAGAGGCCGUAUCCACGCGUCCAGGGAAAGCUGGUCAGGUCGCUGGGUUCCUCUGUUCCCCCUGUCCAGGCUGCUGCCGCGCCGUGGCGAGGCAGAGGGCGUGGGACGCGGGUCCCCACCAUCGCACAGGAGCUAGAGAUGCUGUUUUUCCACAUAUGAGAAAUCGACCCAGAUAUGGAAAACUUUAUCCUGUAUGAGGAGAUUGGCAGAGGAAACAAGACCAUCGUGUAUAAGGGGCGUCGGAAGGGCACCAUCAAUUUUGUGGCCAUUCUUUGUACUGAAAAGUGCAAACGGCCUGAAAUGACCAACUGGGUCCGUCUCACCCACGAAAUCAAACACAAGAACAUCGUGACGUUCCAUGAAUGGUACGAGACCAGCAAUCAUCUCUGGAUGGUGGUGGAGCUGUGCACAGGUGGUUCUUUAGAAACUGUGAUUGCUCAGGACGAGAACCUCCCAGAAGAUGUCGUGAGAGAGUUUGGGGUGGAUUUGGUCACAGGGCUGCACCAUCUGCACAGGCUUGGCAUCAUCUUUUGUGACCUUACUCCUGGGAAGAUACUCUUGGAAGGGCCUGGCACACUGAAGUUCAGCAAUUUCUGCCUGGCGAGGGUGGAAGGAGAGAGUCUGGAGGAGUUCUUUGCUUUGGUGGCCGCAGAAGAAGGAGGUGGUGACAAUGGAGAAAACACGCUGAAGAAGGGCAUAAAAAAUCGGGUCAGAGGCUCCCCAAUAUAUGCGGCACCGGAAAUCAUGAAGGGAACAGACUUUUCUGUCGCCAGUGACCUCUGGUCUUUGGGCUGUCUGCUUUAUGAAAUGUUCUCAGGCAAGCCUCCAUUCUUCUCAGAAACCGUGUCAGAGUUAAUUGAGAAGAUUCUGUAUGAAGACCCACUGCCGCCGGUCCCAAAGGAUUCUUCAUUCCCCAAAGCAUCCUCAGAUUUCAUUAAUUUGCUGGAUGGAUUACUACAGAAGGAUCCUCAGAAAAGAUUAUCGUGGGAGGGAGUCCUGCAGCACUCCUUCUGGAAGGACGCCCUGCGGAGAGAAGACUCAGCCUCGGCCUCGGCCUCGGCCUCUGAGGACUGCAUCUUCAGCAGCAGAAAUGUCAUGGAAUGUUCUGGACCACAGGAUUCCAGGGGGCUUUCGCAAAGCCCUCAGAAUGGACAGGGGAAAGGGCAGAAGGCGGCUCCUCGGCUCAGCCCGUCUUUCAGGCUGGACAACCCGACUGAGCUGAGGCCCAAGAGUGCCACAGGGGGCCAGCUGAAUGAAUCCAUAUUUCUCCUCAGUUCACGACCCACUCCAAGGACUAGUGCCAUGGUGGGAUUAAGUCCCGGAGAGGGUGAGGACACCAGCUGGCCACAGACCUCUCCUUUAUCCAAGAUGACAUGUGGGCAUCUGAGCCAGGGUGCCCUGGAGUCACAGAUGAGAGAGCUGAUCUACACGGACUCGGAUCUUGUGAUUACCCCAAUUAUCGACAACCCCAAGAUAAUGAAACAACCUGCAGUCAAGUUUGAUCCAAAAAUCUUGCACCUACCGGCAUAUUCUGUGGAUAAGUUGCUGAUUUUGAAGGACCAAGACUGGAAUGAUUUCCUGCAGCAAGUGUGCUCCCAGAUCGACUCCAGUGAGAAGAGCACAGGGGUGUCGCGGGCCAAGCUGAACCUCCUGUGCUAUCUGUGUGUGGUGGCUACUCACAAGGAGGUGGCCACCAGGCUGCUCCACUCCCCACUGUUCCAGUUGCUAAUCCAGCAUUUGCGAAUAGCUCCAAACUGGGAUAUACGGUCCAAGGUUGCUCGCGUCAUCGGCUUGCUGGCCUCACACACAACAGAACUUCAGGAAAAUGUGCCCGUUAUCGAGGCGAUCACACUCUUAACGGAAUUAAUCCGGGAGAACUUCAGGAGCAGCAAACUGAAGCAGUGCCUCCUGCCCAGCCUUGGGCAGCUCAUCUACCUCGUAGCCACCCAGGAAGAAAAAAAACAGCACUCCAGGGACUGCUGGGCUGUCCCCUUGGCUGCGUACACUGUGCUUAUGAGGUGCCUCCGGGAAGGGGAAGAACGUGUUGUCAAUCACAUGGCUGCGAAGAUCAUUGAGAAUGUUUGCACAACACUUUCUGCCCAGGCGCAGGGCUUCAUCACCGGAGAAGUCGGGCCUGUCCUGUGGCACCUGUUCAGACACUCCACCGUGGACUCCCUGAGGAUAACCGCAAUAUCGGCCCUGUGCAGAAUCACACGCCAGUCUCCUGCGGCCUUCCAGAAUGUCAUCGAGAAGGUGGGCCUCAAUGCUGUCAUUAGCUCCCUGGCCUCUGCCAUCUGCAAAGUGCAGCAGUACAUGCUGACGCUGUUCACAGCCAUGCUGUCCUGUGGGAUUCAUCUCCAGCGGCUGAUCCAAGAAAAGGACUUCGUGUCCACGGUCAUCCGUCUACUUGACAGUCCAUCCGCUGCCAUCAGAGCCAAAGCCUUCCUGGUGCUGCUUCACGUCCUGAUUCACAACCGGGACAUGCUGCUGCUGAGCUGCCAAGCGAGCACAUUUUCUGCGAUGUCAGCUCUCCCAUCCCUCUGCUGUGAAACUGAGCCGUCAGCAUCAGAUAGAAAGGAUGUGACAGCUCCCAAACGUCCACCCCUUUCUUCAGAUGGCUCUGCACUCAGAUUGAGUGUGACAAGUGAUGAAAUGGGGCCUUCAGCAUCUCUGGGUGUGACUGGAGCUUCAGGGGAUGGAUGGUUCUAUCAGUUCAUGAGGAGGCUGGUGAUGUACAUCGAGAGAGACAGCAGAAAGACCUCCCCGGGCAAGGAGAUGCAGGGUGGGAGCGAGUACCUGGCCAGGUGCCUGGAUCUCCUCAUCCAGCACAUGGUACAGGAGCCACCACGGAUCCUAGGUGACAUUCUCAAUGCCCUGGCAAAUGUGUCUGGCCGAAAGCACCCAUCCACGGUCCAGGGGAAGCAGCUGAAGAUGUGUCUCCCCAUGAUGUCUGUGGUGCUCCACCUGGUCAUGUCUCAGGUGUUCCGGCCUCAAGUGGUGACAGAGGAGUUCCUGUUCAGCUAUGGGACUGUUCUUAGUCACAUUAAGUCAGUUGACUUGGGAGAAACAAACAUAGAUGGAGCCAUAGGGAUGGUGGCUUCGGAGGAAUUCAUCAAGAUCACCUUGUCGGCAUUCGAAGCAGUGAUACAGUACCCCGUUCUUCUGGCUGACUACCGCUCAACGGUCAUCGAUUACAUUCUGCCACCCUUGGUCUCCUUGGUUCAAAGUCAGAACGUGGAGUGGAGACUCUUCAGCUUGCGUUUGCUCUCCGAGACUACAACCCUGCUGGUGAGCCAGGAGCUGGAGGAUGGGGACGAAGAGGCCAGCUGUGACUCCAACAAUAGCCUUCUGGUGCUCAUCAGGGACGAGCUGCUCCCCCAGUAUGAGCACAUCCUCAUGGAGCCUGACCCAGUUCCAGCCUAUGCUCUGAAGCUGCUUGUCGCCAUGACGGAACACAACCCGGCUUUCACCAGGCUUGUGGAAGAAAGCAAACUGGUCCCGCUCAUUUUUGAAGUGAUUCUGGUAAGAAUGCAAGAGCAUCAGGAAAGCAUUCUGGGUAAUACCAUGCAGAGUGUGAUCGCGUUACUCAACAAUCUGGUUGCUUACAAAGACUCAAACAUGCAGCUGCUUUAUGAGCAAGGACUUGUUGGUCACGUCUGUAACAUGUUCACAGAAACUGCCACACUGUGCUUGGACAGUGACAAUAAGAACAGCACAGAGCCGGCGGCCAUGCUGCUGACGUCGCUGCUUGAUAUCCUGCUGGGCAUGCUGACGCACACCUCCAGCAUCGUGCGGCAGGCUCUGCAGGCCCAGAAGUCAGGCUCGAGAGGGGACACACAGGCUGCAGAGAACCUGCUGCUGCUCAGCAAACCGCUCACAGACCUCAUUAGCCUGCUUAUCCCACUGCUUCCCAGUGAGGACCCUGAGAUCUCUGAGGUUUCAUCCAAGUGCCUGUCCAUCCUGGUGCAGCUGUAUGGAGGGGAGAACCCGGACAGCCUGUCCCCGGAAAACCUGGAGACCUUUGCUGACCUCCUGGUGACCAAGGAAGACCCAAAGGACCAGAAGCUUCUGCUGCGGAUACUCAGGAGGAUGCUCACCUCCAAUGAGAAGCACCUGGAAAGCCUCAAGAACACUGGCAGCCUCCUGCGGGCCCUGGAGCACCUGGCUCCAGCUCACAGCUCGCCUGUUGACAGUGCCGUGGCUUCCUUGGCCCUAGAGCUCCUCCAAGCUGCUGGGCACUGACAAGGCCACCCAGUGGCUCCCGUUGGUUGCACUGAGAGGUCAGAUCCCACACAUCCCUUCCCACCAGCCUCAAGUGGAGCCAAUAAAAUCGUUGGGCCAGGACCUGGUGCCUCAGCCCUCUCUGACUGGGUGACUACCCUCGUCUUCCCUCGGGUGAGCCAGACCUCUGCAGCAGCUCCUGAGCAGCCUUCUGUAGGCCUCGCCACCCCCUGGUGCUCUAUGGCCACUUCCUUUCCUUUCCAGGGACACGAUCCCAAGAACUCUAGGGAGGCCUGGGUGAGACACAUGCAGCAGUUCAGUGUGCAGGCCGGAGUGCGGAACACGGGAGUCCACCCAGCUAGAGGGGACGGCAGUGUCAAGGCAGAUUUGCUGUCCCCACCCCCAACCCCCACCCCCUAACCUCAGACUUUACCAUUUCUGCCAAGUGCUCAGAGUCAAGUCUGGUGGACGCUGAGGGAGGAGGGGUUGCUGUGUGGGGUGGGCCUGAGUCAGCACCGGAAGGUAGGGUGGGGCUUGGGCAGUUCCAAGCAGAUGAGCUGGCUGAGGCCUCUGGAACAGCUUUGGACCAGGUUUCUGGCCCAUUUGCUGCUCCAGGCUGCUUCUCUGGGGGAGGUGUACACAGCGGGACCAUCCCCAACAGCAGUUAGCCCAGGGGUCCUACAGUCAGUGGCCAGCAGCCCUGCUGUGACGUGAUCUGGGUAGCCUGCCAGCUCCAUCUAGCCUCGUGAUGAAAACACCAGCCGUCCCCUACCACAUCAAAGGCAGCCAUGCCAAUUACCUUUAGUCUCCACAGCCACCUGCAAAGGCCUCAGCUUCCUCAGCCAGACCCUCCUCUUGCCUACAAGGAUCCAUGGCAUAGCUGGAUUCAGGGUUGACUCCACUGUCCUGAGCAUCCCCAAGCAGGCCUUGGCUGGGGUGACAGACACGGAAGCACCAAGGACUUCAUACAGCCAGAGGUGGUGUGUCGCCAGGCUGUAGUGUCACCAGGCUGUGGGCCAAGCGGUCCUGGCCUGGCUGCAUUAUGGACUCAAGUGGCUGGGCGCUCUGAGAGAGUAGGCCCAGGUCAUCUCUCCCCGUCCCUUUGUUCGGUGCCUGAGCUCUGGAAUCUUGCAGGGAACUGCUUCAAAGCGAUGGGUUAUUCCUCCUCCUCUGCCCUUUUCACCAGAACACAGAGCAAUCUAAAACAGGAAGGCUUUAACACUCCAGAACAUUCUGUUGAGUGGCUGGCUUACAGGCAAGGGGCCUGGUGGUGCGAAGCAGGGCUGCUGUCUUGCUAGAGGCUAGGCCUGCCAGGGCUUGCCCCUCCGCCACCACACACACACUUACAAAUUCAUGUUGGAGACCAUGAGCAGGCUGGUUGGGGGAGAGAGCAAAUACAACUGCUCCUAUGAGCUCCCCUUCAAGAGAGCAGACAUAGUUGGCCUUUCCCGUGAGCACUAGGAUUCUGGUGGUGGCAAGUGGUCCAGACCUAGGUUUCUGCCUGCACCUCCCAGGGAGUCUCAUACCCUAACUUCAGCAGCCACUAGGCACACAUCAGUCACAGGGAGGUGGCUGUCUAGGCCUAACCUUCUCCCCCUCUACCAACAGCCCCCAGCUCAAGCCUUAACACACAGCCAGAGAGUAGGUGCUGGUUGUACUGUCCCUCAGGAAACGCUAGUGGGUAAAAAUGGCCACAGCCAGCCUGGAGGAUACCUAGACAGCCGUGGUGGCCCGCCUAUGGGUGUCCGUCUUUGUUUCCUGCAUGAACUCACAGGAUAUUGGGCUAACAUUUUCCUAUACUCUAGUCCAGAAAAGAGGGGCUCGGGUGGCUGUGGCUGCUGACACCGGACAGCUCACAAGACGCCCUUUACCACCUUCCCCAGGCACUGAAACACAGUGUGCCAAUCAAUCUCCCUGCUAACCCGCCAUGGGUGCAGCAGACAGGACUAGCUCAAGUGCCUCCCGAGGGCCACACUCCCCAGUCCCUACUGUCAUUUGUUUCUGCAGGUGCGCAUGUUCGAGACCCCAUACACCCCAAGGCCACCAGCCAUGAAUGCCUUGUCCUCUGCUCCAUGCUGGACUCUCUCCUCAACGGCUUGCUUAGCUGCUGUGGUUCAGGGCUCUGCCGGCUCUGGGCCCUGCCCCACACAGACACAGGGCAGGGGCAGGUAGGGUUUCCACUGCUCAUGCAGAUCUCCUCUUUGGAUACAAACGGUGCUGUUCCAGCCUAAGUUGUCUGUGCCUCUCCUUUUGAAAAACCACGCAUGCCCUUCCCAGUGCACACGUGGAGACCAGGCCACUACUUUCUGGAAUCAGUUCUUGCCUUCCACCUUGUUACCUUAACCCAUAUGGACUCUACAGACCCCAACUGGCAUCUCUGUGAAGAAGGACUUCCUCACAGGGACCUCCUGUGGCUUAGAAUGCUGGCUAACAGGCACAACCUUAAAACCCAGGAAACCAAACAGCUCUCAGGCACGAAACAUUCUUUGUAGAGGACUCAAACACGAGUCUUAACAGGUCUGUGUAAGAAACGUACAAAGCCUGCUUGUCAGACCCACCACCAGGACAGAUCUGGCAGGCUACAUGGAAGGCAGCCCAUUCUAGUUCUGAUUAUGUUUAGAUAAACAUUAGCAUUUAAACAUAAUUACUGGUUCAAAGGAGUGGCAGGAUUGCCCUCUCCAAGUCCAAGUGAGCCACACUCGCAAAUCCAGGCAUUGCUUCGUUACCGCUCAGUGGGAUGACCCUGUCCAAAGGAGGGGCUUCUUUGCCUUCCAGCUUUAGUCACUGCUCAGUGUAACACAGAGACUAUCGCGGGCAGCACACUUAGGUAUCUGGGCAAGAGGGUGAGCUGAAGGAGUACAGGCUCCACAGCAGUCCUUCCAGGCUGACACACGCACUUCCUUCCUCUAGUGUGCCGGGUUUGGGUGUGGCGCUGCCAAGGGAUGCUCCCGUGCAGACUCAGGCCUUCUCUACCCGGACAACCUGGGCACCCCGAUGACACCACUUCCUCAGGGCAAGCUGGGUGCCUUCAUUACCCUCACCAACCAUCUCGUGACAAACAAAUCAAAGUGACACAAGCGAAUGAAUUAAAAGUUUAAUUCUGAACCAUUUUUAUAACCAUUUUCUCUUGAAGCAUUGUAUCACAGCAGGUUACAACAACUUUGGGAUAAAAGGCAACUGGUAAACUGUCCAAAACAAGGCUCAAAUAACACCUCUUACUGAUUUACCCUACCGCACGUAUCCCCAAUAAAGUUUUUGUUCAAAAACAUGAAAUAGAUCCACCUGCUUAUUUUAAGCAUAUUAAAAAGGAAACUAAUCGGACCAUUUCUAUCUGUCUAUUUAUACAAAAGGCUACACAAUGUUACACGUCUCCAGAUUACGAUUAGCGUGAUUAUGAAUUAGUGUUCUACACCAUUACUCAGUUCUUAGAAAUCAGAAAUUGCUGUAGCAGGUUCACUAGAACAUAACACUACGAGACUUAAAACUAACAGUUACUGCAAAAAAUAAAAGCUACUUCAAAGCAAGCAAAGUCAGUACCAUUACAGAUAUUUAAAAAAAAAAAAAAACAAAACAAAAAACCAAGCAAGGCUAGGG